ACGUCAGAUGCCGUCGUGUAGGGAUUGGAAUGCUACAGUGUAACAAUCGGAACCAGCGAAUCUUUGGGAAUUGGACGCGGCUGGCCAUCCGAGCGCGUCUGCCGAGCGGCCGCAGCUACUUUGCCGGAGCACCGACUACUUUGUUCGCUUCGUUUGUCGGCUUGGACCACAACCCGCGGGCGGCUCGUCACUGAGACAUCUCGUUAUUGGAAUUAUUUUUUUUUUGUUCGAAGGGAAGAGCAAUGCAGGGAUUUGUAAGGUUACGACUGUAGAGAGAGAGACCCGGGAUUCCUUCAGCAGUCGGGGACCGGCGCAUCCGGAGUGCGCGGAUUUCUCUCCUGGCCCAGCAAAAGGGAGGAGGAGGAGGAGAAGAAGGAGGAGGAGGAGGGAGGUCAGCUGUACCUUCUUCUCCGGCUUGCCUGGUUGGUUUGGCGUGCCUGCCUGCCAGCCUCCUUCUUCACACCGUGAGUUUUCUGCGCCGAGCACUGGAAGUUAGCCGGGUUUUUUUUUUCGGAAUAAGAAAAGCAACAUCCUCUCCGCGCCUCGGCUGUCUGGGAACCGAGAGUCGUCACCGGGGCUGCCAGCGACCGCCAGCCUCUAAUAUGAUAGAUAGACGGGGAGCAAGAUAAAGAAGUCGCCCACAUGCACAGGAUCAAUCGAAGGAUUUGGGAAAGGAAUCCGAAGAAGGUGGAAGACGCGAGUUUGAAAUCCGUGCAGCCUGGAAGAUGGCGGAUUGGAGCAGGAGGUGGUGAGAGCAAAACUUUGGGGGCUUUUGGAUUUAUUCGCAGACAUCUCGACCCAGAGAGGACACAUGCAGGCCAAAAAACGCUACUUCAUCGUGCUGUCCGCCGGCGCCUGCCUUGUGCUGCUAUUCUACUUCGGGGGCUUGCAAGUCCGGGCAACGAGGAACCAGAGCCGGCGUGAGGAUCGCCUGCGGAGCCCGGAGCAGCCAUGGCCACACUUCUCGGACAACUUACAUUCGUUUCUGCCCCGAGAGCAGCUGGCCAACGAGGAUUACAAUAUGCACCUUUCGCCGCGGCAGAAGAGGGACUCCAACACGAGCCUGUACAAGGGCAAAAAGUGUCGGAUGGAGUCCUGCUUUGAUUUCUCCCUGUGCCAGAGGAGCGGCUUUAAAGUGUACGUCUACCCGCAGCAGAAGGGGGAGAAGAUUUCGGAAAGUUACCAAAACAUUUUGUCCGCGAUCGAGGGGUCGCGCUUUUACACCUCGGACCCCAGUCAGGCUUGCUUGUUCGUCUUAAGCUUGGAUACUUUAGACCGAGACCAGCUCUCGCCGCAGUAUGUGCACAACUUAAAGAGUAAAGUUCAAAAUCUGCAUCUCUGGAACAAUGGUAGGAAUCAUUUAAUUUUUAAUUUAUAUUCGGGCACUUGGCCCGACUACACGGAGGAUCUGGGGUUCGACAUCGGCCAGGCCAUGCUGGCCAAGGCCAGUAUCGGCGCGGAGAAUUUCAGACCCCACUUCGACGUGUCCAUCCCGCUAUUCUCCAAGGAUCACUCUCGGACAGGGGGGGAGAGGGGCUUCCUCAAGUACAACACCAUCCCCCCUUUUAGGAAAUACAUGCUGGUGUUUAAGGGCAAGAGGUACCUGACCGGGAUCGGGUCCGAUACCAGGAACGCACUGUACCACGUCCAUAAUGCGGAGGACGUGGUGCUGCUGACCACCUGCAAGCAUGGCAAAGACUGGCAGAAGCACAAGGACGGCCGCUGUGAUAAGGAUAACGCCGAGUACGACAAGUACGACUAUCGAGAAAUGCUGCACAAUUCAACUUUUUGCUUGGUGCCUCGAGGACGCCGGCUCGGUUCCUUCAGAUUCCUGGAGGCCCUGCAGGCUGCCUGUGUCCCCGUGAUGCUCAGUAACGGGUGGGAGUUGCCGUUUUCAGAAGUCAUCGACUGGAACACCGCGGCUGUCAUCGGCGACGAACGAUUGUUACUGCAGAUCCCGUCGACGGUCCGAUCCAUCCAUCAGGACAAAAUCCUAGCACUUCGGCAGCAGACGCAGUUCCUGUGGGAAGCUUAUUUCUCCUCCGUUGAGAAGAUUGUAUUGACUACUCUGGAGAUCAUCCAGGACCGAAUCUUUAAGCACAUAUCACGCAACAGCCUGAUUUGGAACCGCCAUCCAGGAGGCCUGUUUGUCCUGCCACAGUAUUCCGCCUACCUGGGAGACUUCCCCUUCUACUUUGCUGCUCUUGGAGUCAAACCUUCCUCCAGGUUCACUGCCGUGAUCCACGCCGUGACUCCAUUGAUAUCCCAAUCCCAGCCCAUCCUCAAGCUCCUGGUGGCCGUCUCCAAGUCUCAGUACUGCGCACAGAUCAUCGUCUUGUGGAACUGCGACAAGCCUCUGCCGGCUAAACACCGGUGGCCAGCCACGCCUGUUCCUGUUGUGGUCAUCGAAGGAGAGAACAAGGUGAUGAGCAGUCGCUUCCAGCCGUAUGACACCAUAGUGACCGACGCCAUACUAAGCCUCGAUGAAGACACUGUGCUGUCCACCACUGAGGUGGACUUUGCAUUUACGGUGUGGCAGAGCUUCCCUGAGAGGAUCGUGGGUUACCCUGCUCGCAGCCACUUCUGGGACAGCAAUAAGGAGAGGUGGGGCUACACCUCCAAAUGGACGAACGACUAUUCGAUGGUGUUGACUGGAGCUGCUAUAUACCACAGAUAUUAUCACUACUUGUACACAAAUUACCUACCUGUGAGUCUGAAGAACAUGGUGGACCAACUCGCCAACUGUGAGGACAUUCUGAUGAACUUCCUGGUGUCUGCUGUCACAAAACUGCCUCCAAUCAAAGUCACACAAAAGAAGCAGUACAAGGAAACCAUGAUGGGACAGUCCUCACGUGCCUCACGUUGGGCGGAUCCGGACCACUUUGCCCAGCGACAGACCUGCAUGAACAAAUUUGCCAGCUGGUUUGGCACUAUGCCCCUCAUUCAUUCUCAGAUGAGGCUGGACCCCAUUCUUUUCAAAGACCAGGUCUCGAUUCUGCGCAAGAAAUACCGAGACAUUGAGCGACUCUAACGGGCACUACGACGCAUUGGCGAAGAGGGUGAGGAGCGUGUGUACCCUCCGUGACCUCUUCCAAGUCGGCAGCACACCUACAGUGGCUGGAGCCCAAGCCAAAUAAGUGAUCCUGGGAUGUUCUGGCAGGGAAGUUUUGGAUGCAAUGGAGUGAAGCGCACAAGUGUCUGACUACACAGGACAAGUUACCAGCGAUUUGAUUACUGGGAUAGGAAUUAAGGAACGAUCUUCCCUAACUUCUGUUCUUCAGCUAUGCAGAUUUUAUUAUGUUGUCGUUCAAGGCCUGAAAGAAAGGAUCCUCUGCUUCACUUGCCCACAAACGAAGGCUUUGGUUAAUUUCAUUUUAGAAAUAAAAGAAGUCGUCUCCUCAUUACAACAGAUCACCAAGUCCGAGGAAUGAGCAACGGUUAUCAUAUCCACGACGGUAGAAUUGUGAAUCCUGUUACGGAAAUAGGGAAGGCAAUUCUUGUACUACAGUAGAGUUUACUUUCCCAAAGUGUUUAAUUACAAAAUGGAGAAAGAGAUCUAUUUAUAUUUUUAAAGUUUAAAAGUAAGGAAUGUGAAUGGGUAAAAUAAGGAAUAAGAGUUGUCAGCAUCCAAGAUGGAGUAGUCCAAGGAAACGUCUGCCGGAAGGGAGUCAGCUGCCCGACGUUCUUGCAGAUUAGUAACGUUUAUUGCUGCAGCUUUUACUGGGGAACAGGGAGACAGAAAGGUGAACCGAACGCGAAAACGACUCCGAGGCAUCGUCCCGUUAACUCUGUGUUCGUUUGGAUCUGAACAAAUAUAAUCGCCCUUAAAUCAUUGGAGGUGAGAUGGCGGUCGUGAUGCUCUUAGAUGAUCUGGUCGGUCACGUUUGGGAGUCGCUGUGGCGUGUUAGAGACUCGAGAUCAAUCAGCGAUUUCGGUAAGGCUGCAGCUGCAUUUCAUGAUCGUUUUUGAUUUAUUUUCCUAACACUUUUAACGUUUUCCAUUGUAAGCGAUGCCUCGCCAUCAAUGGCACCGUUAGUGGAUCAGUGUGCAAAUGAAAAAUGAGUUGAAAAGUCACUCGGAGAAUAAUCGUCGAGACCUUUUCACGAUCGCAUCGCUUCUUGCCAGAAAAAUCUUUCCAUGAAUCGAACUCUUUUCAAGAUCACGGCAUGUUAAUCAUUCACCUUUCCGAUAAUUACAGUCCCGUAAUCAAAGUAUUUUCACAAUCGCGUCUUUUUUUGUUUUAAUUCAGAUAAAUCGACUUCCUCUCGAGAUCCUGGCAUUUUUUAUGUAAACCUUUGGAAAUAAUAAUUGAUGUUCUCUCAAGAUCUCUGCUUUGUUUUUUUUUUUUUUCCCCCAUCGAUGUUCUCCUUCCAAUAAUCGAUGCAUUUCAAGAUUUAUUUUGUUCUUUUUCAGACCAGUCUUUCCUAUAAUCGAAGUUUCCUUGAGAGAUCACAGCAUUUAUUUAUUUAUUUUAUUUGUUAAUUGAAAUUGAUUUUCUUUUUACCCAAACAUUCUUUCCUCGAAAUGCAAAUAUAAGAUUUGUAGUCUGACUGGAGCGGCCGUGGCCUAGUGGAGUCUUGCCGAUGGUGGCACCAGAGCCCGUCUCAAUCUGUGUGCCAGUGAGCGACUCAAGGCGUGGUGCUGUGACCGGGUGGUCUCCCUGUCCUAACGGCCUCCUUUUCGUGUUCGCCCCUCCUGGUACUUGAAUGUCUGAUAACUUGAAGAGGUGGCCUUCACAAAAGCUGAUUGAACUUCAUUCUCACCGUUGGUGAAGCAAAACUAAACCGUCAGUUUCUUUUUUCUCCUUCUCAUCAGUCCAAUAUUUAAAUCUGCUCAGACCACAUAUUGUUUUUAAUAAUUAAAAAUAUAUAUAUAUAUACUCGAUCAUUUAUUCUUGACGGGAAUUUUACACGACCAGGCGGUUUCAAAAUUGGCAGCUGUAGCAGGCUGAGGUUUGACUGUUCAAAUGAAACUCAGUGAUUUCAGGGUUCUUUUCAUGUCUUUGUUUUGUGUUUAGUCGAUUUUUAAAGUGCGUUUCACAGUCGCAGUCAUUUUAAAACGGUAAUCAUGAACGUGAAAACGUUUUCGUUUUCCCCGCUCUGUCAGCAGUGAGGUAUUUAAGGAAAAGGAUAAGAUUGUAGUGAAUAAAUAAGCACUUGGCACUUUCUCCUUCUGAUAUCUCAUGAAAAGUCGCUCGCUCCUUCCAGUGACCUCUGCACGUGUCAGCCGUUCGACUAGUCGAUGUACGUGCGAGUCAUCUUUGGGUGUCCGUACUGUGAAUAGUUCAUCGGGAGAACCGGAGUGUCUGACCGUCUCGAAAAAUGCAAACCACACCAUCGCCUGCAUGGGUAUUUACUAGGAGCAUGGCACACGCUUGGGCGAGCAAAACAGUAACCGCGAUGUGAAGUCUCUUCUACAAAUUGUAGGUGGUGCCUUAAAGCGGACAUAUCUGUCACCGUUCUGUACAACAAGGUCGUCACGCUUUCAAGAAUGUCGUCGAACAUUUUUAGUUCCCGUGAAAGUUUACAUUUCUCAAACAAAAAAAA